AUGUUGCAAUGUCCCCCCGCUCCGCAUUCAUUCUAUACGAGCCCCCACAACUCACCGCGUCUCCCCCACAUCCCAGGCCGUCGGAAAGGCCAGAAAUGCCCAGGCUACCACGAUGCAUCAAGCCUAAUCUUCCGCGACGAGACGACCCGGGUCAUCGACCGCGCUCGCACUCGUAAGACACGGCGUACGACUUUACCCUCUAGCCAAUGCACAUCUGGCAAAUUGUCACCCGCCUCCUUUGAGCAGUCGCUGGUGGGGCUAAGACCACCGGCUUUAUUGUAUAAUGACUCGGCGAGCGGAUUCACGCAGUACGACGACAACGACAACCACCCGCACUGCCUAGCAACUCCCCACGAAGAGGAGCAAGGUAAAAAUGGAAAGGACUACAAUGACAGCGUUGCACCCGCAUGCACAGACGUCGUAGAAAAUCUCAUUGAUAACAUCACGAACGACGAUAGCCCACUUCUGCCAGAUCAGAUGGACAUGUUGGUCGACGGCACAUUUACUCUAUGGGAGCCAGACCAGAUUAUGCCCGUAUUAUUGUCGUCGUCCUACGGCAAAUCUUCAACGCCGAGCCUCGACUUGGAUGGCCACGUUCUAUCGAUGCCGAUAUGCUCUACGGUGCCUUCUCAGAGCCUCGAAGAGCUAGGGAUAAACUACUUCAUGGCUAACUAUGUCUUGAAAGACUCUGGGCCGUGCCCCGGCGUCUUCAACUACGCCGGAAACAUACUUGCCGGCCCAGGCGGAGACGCGGAGCUGGCACGCGUAGCGAUCCGUGCAGUAGGCCUCGCCGGGCUGGCCAGCACCACGGGCACCGAUAGCGUUAUGCGCAAGGCGGGCUCCAGCUACACGGAAGCUAUCAAGAGGGUCAAUGUGGCGCUUCUGGAUCCCCGCGUGGCCGAGAAUGACAGCGCCAUCUUCACCAUUGUGGUUUUAGGACUCUUUGAAAGCAUCACCUGCUCGGGGGAUGAGUCUCUCGAGGCGUGGAAGUGCCACAUCAACGGUGCUGCCAGCCUGCUGAUGCUUCGCGGCACGUCCCAGUUCCGUACGAAGCAGGGCCUUCAGAUCUUCGGCGAGGCCGUCUCCCACGUGCUCACACUAUGCUCGCGAUACAACCAGCCUGUGCCGCCGCGUCUACGAUACUUGCGCGCCGAGAUGGAGCGAAACUUCAAUAGCAAAAGUCCGUCUUGGAUACUAAGUACUAUCCACAUCGAGGUCAUGAAUCUGUACAUCCAAGUGCAACCAGAACAUGAGACGCCCUUCCUGGCCGGAGAGUGGGAGACACUCCUCUCGCACGCUGCCGAGCUAAGCCAGCGACUCGAGAAUCUCGUCGCCGACCUACCGGUGAGCUGGCGUUUCAAGACGGUAAGUGACCCUAUGGCGAAUCCACGCCUUGUGUUCCAUGGAAAAUACCAUAUCUACUACAAUGUGUGGAUAGCCAAGAUAUGGGACGGGAUGCGUGCGUGCCGCAUAAUCUUGAACCAGGUUGUCCACUGCCUAUUGCUACGCGAGGGACUUGCAUGGGCACCGCACGAUAUCUCACAUGGUGGCGUCUAUACGAGCCUGCUACAGAGGACAUUGCACACGACGACAGAAAUGCGCGACGAUAUCCUCGCGUCUGUACCUCAAAUGCUUGGCUUCAUCCAGCAUGAAGCCACAACUGGCGCCUCGUACAUGGACUGCAGCACCAGUGGCAUCCCGUCGCGCUUGGUCCCGGCCUCGGGCGCGUACUUUAUUGUCUGGUACUUGUACCUUGCCGGAAGCCUCCCGAGCAACACACCAGAGACACGUGAUUGGAUUGUAGACCGCCUGCGUGCUAUCCGCUCUAAGACGGGCAUUCAGAAAGCAGCCUUUCUAGCCGACAUGAUAGAGAAGGAUGUUGGUCGUCUUAGUGCCAUGCUGCCGCCGAGCGACUUUCUGCUUCCCGCCCACUGA